GUCACGUGUACUCUCACGGAUCCUCAUGCACAUACGCUCACGGAUCCUCAUACGAAUACUAACGAUAGCAGGUUAACCGAGUUUCAAGGCACGAGGAAAAAGAAUCCUAUAUGAAACCAUCAAGUUUCAACGACCGACCUCUGAAAAAAACAGCAAAGAUUCGACUAUCUACGUCACCUAAUUGCUAGAUUCUAUAUUUCUAUAUAAUUGUUACAAGUCCAAGAAACAGGAGGACCACAUCUAUAUUGCACUUUGGCUUAUACAAGACACACAGCAUGUGUUAUAUAUACAUAGGAGCAAACGAGAUCACAGUUUAAUCUCUGUCUCACUCUCUCUCUUCCGAGUUACAAAUUAGUGUGAAAUGGCGAUGAAGGUAUAUGGAGAUGGGAUGUCAGCGUGCGUGGCACGUGUGCUUCUCUGCCUUCACGAGAAGGAGACUGAGUUCGAUCUUGUCCCCGUCGAUCUCUUUGCUUGCCACCACAAACUCCCUUCUUUCCUCGCCAUGAACCCCUUUGGCCAAGUUCCAGUUCUACAAGACGACGACCUUACCCUUUUUGAGUCGAGGGCAAUCACGGCAUAUAUAGCUGAUAAACACAAAGAAAAGGGAACGGAUCUGACGAGACAUGCAGACGCUAAAGAAGCAGCCAUUGUGAAGCUGUGGUCGGAAGUGGAGUCCCACCACUUCAACCCUGCGAUCUCCGCCGUCAUCCACCAGCUCAUAGUUGUGCCGCUUCAAGGCGAGAGUCCUAAUGCAGCCAUCGUGGAAGAGAAUCUUGAGAAGCUAGGGAAAGUGCUCGAUGUGUACGAGGAGAGACUCGGGAAGACAAAAUACUUGGCUGGAGAUUCUUACACACUCGCGGAUCUCCACCACGUUCCUUACACUUACUACUUCAUGAAGACGAGUCAUGCUGGUUUGGUCAACGACCGUCCUAAUGUGAAGGCGUGGUGGGAGGACCUUUGUUCUCGUCCGGCUUUCCUUAAAGUCUCACCUGGCUUGACCGUUGCUCCGGUAACGAGCUGAUCGAAAGACUCUCUCUACAUCUUGUCUUUAUGUUUCUUUGAUAAGGUUGUUUCUGUUUCGUUUGUUGUUUUCCUUUCGCAUUUACUGUUGUCUUGAAGGUUUUAUCAUUGUAAUCAAAAGUUAUUUGUAAAUGUAAACGCAACACAGAAAAUAAAUUAUGUAUGUAUGCGUUUACAUUUUACAAAUAAAUUUGGUGAUUCAGAAACUAAUAAAUACCUUUAUUUCUAA